UGAAUAACGAAAGAUCUCCUGUUUAACGGAAAGCGAAUAAUAUCUUCCAUUGUACCGCAACCCAAAUGAAUACCAACUUCCUGAUCUACUCUGUGAUUUCACAUAUAUAAAGACAUAUAUAUAGUACGUAGUACACCUACAACAAGUGGAUUGAAGAUGUUUUUUGUUUAAUUCUGAAUUUACCAUGUCGCAUAAAAUGAAAGUUUGGACAUAAGCUAUCCUUUCCCAUAAUCAUUGUUGCAACUAAUUGAUUAAAAAGAGUACGACAAUCUAAUUUUCUAUAUAGUUCUUCUCGAUAUUUAAGAUUGUAGAAUGAAGAUAUACGAAAAGCCAUUUAAAACAAUUUACAGUUUAGCAAUGUAUCCCAGAUUUGAUGGUUCGCUAACGACAACUCACCUCGCAAUAAAAAAGCUAAACCGAACUUUGAUUCAUUUCGAGCGAAACCGAAACAACAUUAGGGUACCCGAUACCAUCUUCGUUUCAUAAACAAAUUCCAACUUCAACCAUCCUUUCUCAACAGUUAACCAGUGCUCACGAUUAGGCAGGCGAUUAUCAAAUACUAAAAAAAAAGAAAAAAAAGAUAUAUAUACAUUGUAUACAAAGAAAAAUCUUGUCUUUUCUGUUUUGGAGGAAAUUUUGGGGGUUAUUUAUUUGUUGUCAAUCACUUCGUUCUUUUUGUGAGUUUCUGUUAGAUUUUGGGGCUCUUUUUGUUUUGCUUUUGCUUUUGCUUUUGUCUUUGUCUUUGGGUGUGUGUGCGUGUGCGUGUUUGUCUGUUUAAUUUUUAUUUUUUAUUUUUUGUUUGCGUUCCUUUAACUUGUCACUCUUUUUUAUUUUUGUUGCGCUAUCAUUUUUAUAUACCUUUCUAUUGAAAUUCAAAUAAGAUGACUGCCCAGUCAGUAAACUUUUGCUUCAAAUGUUGGAAUGAAGUAAAAGAUGAUUUAACCGUUUCCACUUUUGGAAAAAUCUGGCAUGCAAACUGCUUUACUUGUAAUUCUUGUGAUAAAGUCCUUAAUUCAUCUUCUGAAAAAUAUGUCUUCGAACAAGGGAAUUUAUAUUGCAACGACUGUGUUAAAACCUGUAGCCGUUGUGCGCUUUCCAUUCACGAAAUUACCGUAAUGGCAGGUGUUCAUGCUUAUCACCCAUCUUGCUUUACAUGCGCAAGUUGUCAUAAUUUUUUGGAUAGUACGGCCUAUGCGAAAUCGAAAGGAGAUAUGUACUGUUUAUCAUGCCUUCGCUAUGGCGUUCCUAAUCCCCAAUCUUCGACGGAAGAUGUUACUCACAGAUUAGCGCGGGUUCCAACAAAUCCUUAUGAAGUUUCAGAUGGUUCUCAAAAUGUACCAAACGUUGCGGAGUCAUCCAUCUCACCAACUGAGCAAUUGCAUUCUUCUAAUAGUGCUCGACCCAAGCUUUCUAUCCAAACUUCAUCUUCCGAUAGCUUAAGUGGUUCAGUUCCCUUACAGCCCAUUCAAGAAGUUCUAGAUAAGCAAGAAGAGCAAAAACCAAGGCUUUCCCAACCUCAACUACUUGUUUCUCCUGUUACUCCUAGUGCUCAAAUAAACAACAUCCUUCCAGGAUCUUUUGAAUCUGCAAAGUCAGGCUUUUCAAAUAGCAAUUACUCCAAUUUUUUGACUGCCAAUCCUCUGCACCUUCAUGCUCAACACCAUGCUGAUAGAGAUAUGCCCAUCAAUUCUCCAAGAAGCGAAAGAUAUGCGUUUUCGGAGUUUCAGAAACCUACUCCUAUGUUUCAUUCAUCUCAAUCCAUUAUCACUUCCCCUUCCAAACAGGGAGUUCUUAAUGACAACUCUGACGCGUCAGUAAGCCGAUUGAGAACCUCUUUUCGAGAUGUAUCUAAUGAUAAAACUGGUCAUUCCCUCCCGAUUUAUAAUAACAGUUCAGAUAUCAGAGAUCUGAAACCGGAUACCCUUGAAGAAACCGGUUACUCACCAACAAGAGGUCAAUCUCCCCGAUAUCCAUCCAGAAUGCCUAAGAAAAACCGUUGCCUUUCCAAUGAUGCUGGCUCUCAGCCUUCACGCAAUGCGAUAACAGCUUCCACUUUGAACUUUUCUCCGCGUGCUAAAAGCUUUACUUUAUCCCAAGGCAAUGCAAACCACAUGUUUCAACGGAGUAGAAGACGCAGCUCUCUAGUUCGUGCGAGUGAUGUGUUUUCUUCCAAUGUCUUUGAUUUUUCGGAUGAUCAGGUUCAAGAUCUGGUGGCAGAGGUUUCGUAUCUUCAGACACAACGAGGUGCAUUAUUGUUGGAAAUUUCUUCUUUGGCAUCAUUUACCGAUGCCGUUCCCUGUAUGCCAGCGGAAUUACUUGAACAAGAGCUAGUUGCAAAAUUAACAGAUCGGUUUGAUAACCUUACAAAGUCUUUUCAUUCUGAGAUUACUACCUUACUAUUACGACGAGACGCUUUGUCAGCUACCGUCACGAAAUUGCAAAAUGCGUAUAAUACGGCUACGGAAGAAACUGCUUAUCUCAAUGUUAAGAACACUGAGUUGGCUAGCCUAAAUAAUCAACUGGAACGCGAACUUUCAAGCUUGAAAGAAUCCUCGCAGAGCAAGAGAAAAUCAUCUUUUGGGCUUUUUAGCAGAAAACCUAGUUCCAGCUAUUCGCCUUCACCUACUCAGUCUCCUCGUGAAUCUUUGUCUAGAUUACAAAUGGUUGCCUCGAGCCUUGGAUUCAGACCUAAGGAUAAGGAGAGUAAUAAAGAAAAUGAAGGUUCAAAACGGAACUCCAAAAUUGAUCUAAGAAAAAGUCUUACCAAAAAAUUUUCAUGGAAAAGAGAAUCAAGAAUCCCCACUCCCUCAAGUAUCGUUGAGGGUGCCGGAGAGGAGGAACAGGAAGAUAAUAUUCCUCAAACUGGCGUUUGUAAAUUAUGUGGAGAGUAUUCGGCUCAACUGAGAGGUCACUAUCAGGAGUGUUUGAGCUCGACGAUUGAUCGACAAUAUCAAGUACAAAGAAACAAGGCUUCUGGAACUUCCGAUCCUUUAGAUCCGGAACUGUUUGACAGUAAAACACAAACGUUGACAAUAGUUCCUUCUCUUAUCCCGGCAUGCAUAAACUUUAUCGAAACUUAUGGCUUAGAUUAUGAAGGUCUUUAUCGAAAAAGUGGUGCAACCUCCCAGAUGAAAAGAAUUUGGGCCUUAUUACAAGAAGAAGAUAUUACUCUUCAUCCCUCAGAUGAUAUCUGUGCUGUAACUUCAGUAUUGAAACAGUAUCUAAGAAAUCUCCCCAAUCCUAUUAUCACAUUUGAAGAAUACUUUUCUUUCAUUUUCGCAGGAAGUCGUACGUCUUUCCAAGAAAAACUUGAAGGAUUAAGAGGAGUUAUCGAAAGACUACCUCCUGUUCACUCAACUAUCCUGCGUUUGAUCAUAAGACAUUUAUCCAAGGUCGCAAAAUAUAGCUCUGAAAAUCUUAUGAACUCCAAGAACUUAGCUGUUGUCUUCUCUCCCACGCUAAUACGAGAUCCUGAACAUGCACGUGAUGUUACCGACAUGACUAUAAAAAAUUAUGCUCUUUCCUUUUUAAUUGAUUAUGCUGACGAAGUAUUUUCUUGAUUGCUAAAAUUUCGCUAAGACACAUUUUUCUAUGUCUUCCUUGUCUUUCUUUUAAAAUCUAAUUGACGCAAACGAUUACAUUUUAUGAUUUUUGGCUUUAUUUACAAGUGGUAUUGAUUGCUUUUAUUCAAUUUUGAUUAGAUAUAUGUCGCUCGUUGUUAAUAUCAUGAAUAUACCAAGUUUUGGGAGACAUUUGCUUCUUCCAACGGUCAUUUUCAUUGAAAACAAACAGUAAUUGAAUCAAAUGGAACAUAACAUAUUAUCUUCCACUGAUAAAUUCUUUCGCUAACUUAUUUAAUGAGUACAAUAUCUAUUAUAUAUCAUUCUUGCUUGUAUAUUCGUUUUAAAUUGUUAUGAACACGUUUGGUAGCUACGGAAUAUCAAACCAAAAAGAGAAAUUGGUAGAUCAAUCUAUAUAAAUAUAUACUGUAACGGGUUAAUCAACGUGUUUCUU